AUGGCGGGCUUCGCAAGCUACCACCUGCAAGACCUCACAUUCACAGGUCCCCAGGACACCAAGAGAAAGCCCUACGCAUCACUCGCGAUCCUCGAUCCGAUCAUUACGAUUGAGCGGCGGCAUGGAAAAUAUCAUAUCGCGGCGCGGUUCAAUAUCGAGACUGCGAUUCUGAAUUACGCGUCGCAGACCAAAGACGGCCGCGACCUCUUCUUCCAAGACAUCUGCCUCGUGUACAAAAGCACCUGGGAGACGCUGCACAUGAAGCCCGAAUCCGAUUCCUCGGCGGCACUAACUGUAUCCCCGGGGUUUACCUCGUCUAUAUCUGCCACAGCUGGAGUCAGGGCGUCGCAGACGCCCUUGGGGAAUGUAUCACUAGGUUUGACACGCUCGAGGUUGACGAGCUGGAAUCUCAGCGCGCAUCGGGCUGUGAGCGAUGAGUGGCCGGACGCGGGCGAGCAAGUGCGCUACCAGUGGUUCUGGGCGGUUCCUGUGGGCAUGAUCACACACUUGAACAAUGGGGCGACUGACGCAGCGACAACGGACAAUACAACCGAGGGCCCAUCAAAACAGGACGCCGAGGAGAAGGAAGAGGCGGAGGAGGAGGAAGCAGAAGAAUAG